AUGUUUCCUCGGAGUCUGCAGGACUACUAUGCGUCCGACGUCGAUGUCUCUGACGCGCAACUUCCUAACAUCUUGCACCACGACAUCACGGGGUUCGAUGUCAGCGACAUCAGCCGUCCAGUGACAGGCCAGAACUUUCCUGCAUGGCAUAUCUGCAGUGCAGCCUGGUCCAUCGUCCUUAGUCGCCACACAGGUCAGAGUACUGUAGACAUCCUCACCACACAUGGGGUCCCCAAGGUGGACUCGACCGGCGGAGAUUCCAGUCCGUGGAUACAUGUCCAUGCCUCCGUGGACGAGAAAACCUCUUUUCUUCACUUGCUUCAAAGUGGGUUGAAGAUAUCCGAGCACGAAAAUCAGCUGGCCAGCCCAUCAUCAUAUUCUGCAGCGAUCAUUCACCCGCUGCCACUGGCGGAGUUGCCUCCCCCGCCCCAAACCACCUUUGGUUUGGCUAUCCAGCUGUUUUUUCAGCGCCGAAGGACGAUCCAGGCAAUCUGCUACUAUCGCCGCUGGCUGCCGGCACACUAUACCAAGAAGCUGAUGGAUCACUUCUUGCACCUCUUACGGCAUAUUAUAAACCACCGGUGUUGGGCAGGGCUCUACCUCAAGGAUAUAUCGAUGGUGCCUCUGCAAGAGGAGCUCCAGCUUCGUCAGCAUAGUCUCCCUGGUCGCAGCAUUGGUGACAUGCAAAUUGGGCCAGUUCACCAACUCGUCCGGCACCAGGCUCGGAAGAAACCAUCCGCCCCUGCAGUUGAAGGCCGAGAUGGCGAUGUCAUAUCCUACCGCAUGUUGGAUCAAAUGACCGACAUGAUGGCCGAAGACGUGGCCCGUCGGCUGGAGGAUGUAUGUCCCCGAGCGCUAAACACCGGUCUGGCUGUGGAAACGGGCCUGGUGAUUGGCAUCAUGCUGCAGAGAUCGCCAGGCGUGGUGGUCGCGAUCCUGUCUUGCUGGAAGGCAGGAUAUGCGGUCGUCCUCGUCGAUCCCAGUCAACCGGCUUCACGGAAUACUCACAUCAUCGAAGACUGUGACUGUCCUCUUUUGCUGGUGGACGACUCAUGGGCCGGCUGUGUUGGGAAAGGCAUCGCCUGGGCGUAUGAUUUCCGGCGUUUGCGCGACCGAGUGAACACAUCCCGCUUCCCUACCGAUGCCUAUCCGGGGUCAGAGGUGGACCUCUCCCAAGACCUUUUCCGCCCAGCUUGGAUCCGGGUGACUUCGGGCUCGACCGGGAGGCCUAAAUGCUCUCUACACAGCCAUGCCGCGUUCGGUGCGUCCAUUGCCAGCUACGCCGGCAGGAUUCGAGCGUCCAAAACCCUGCUUUUUUUCAACCCGAUCUCCUCGGCGUCGGGGACCCCGAUUUGGAGCUUCCUCACCAACGGAGGAUGCGUCUGCAUACCUCCCCUGGAAGAGAUCACUGCGGAUUUGGCCGGCUGUAUUGGCCGCUAUGGCAUCGAGGACAUCUGCAUCACUCCCUCCGCUCUCGCUCUCACGAGCCCGGACGCAGUGCCGUCCUUGAAAACCAUCUCGCUCGUCGGCGAGGCGGUUCCGCAGACGCUUGCAGAAACGUGGAGCCAGCAUGCCUCAUUGUUAAUCGGCUACGGGGCGACAGAGAUGAACUCCCAUGCGUUGCCCUUCCACAACGAGCCCGCCGGCUGUCUCCCGCCGGGCCAUCCACUUCCCACUUCCGACUACUCUCUCUACAUCCUUCAACCGGGCACGACAAAUGUUUGUCCUCUUUAUGUGCCCGGCGAGAUCUGCCUCAGCUCCACUUACAUGUGCGCCGGAUAUAUCAAUAGUCCCGAAGCGACCGCUCGGGUCUUUCAGACCCAUCCCUUUCCGGGGGAUGCGGGGCAUCCAUACCUGUACCGCACCGGGGACUUGGGGAUGUUCGUAGCCCCCGGUGUCUUCAUUCUGCUCGGCCGAGUGGACUUUCAGUUCAAGAUCGAUGGAAAUCGGAUACAGCCAGAGGAAGUCGAAGCCAUCAUCAAUCAAGUCCCGCACGUAGUCAAAAGCCGGGUGAUGCUGGCCAAGUCCUCGAUGGGACGUCCGAUUUCGGUAUGCUGUGUGAAGCUGAAGGAGACGGCUUUGAGCAACGGCGAUCAAGGGGACUCUGCCAACGGCGAGUGGAAGGAGUUUGUGGCUGCGGCGGAACAGGCCUGCGCCACCCAUUUGCCCGCGUACAUGAUGCCCCAUCGAUGGUUGCAAUUCAAAAGCUUCCCCGAAACACCCUCCGCGAAGACGGACACGAGAGCUCUUCUCAUCCUCGCCCAAGAACGCCUCGACCAAGAGGAAGAGGCGACCAUGGGGCCGGUGGAACUGGAGACAACGCCGGGACUCAUCUCUGGCAGAGGCAGACUAUUCUUGGACCAUGUUCUCGAGGUCUUGACCGGCCAGAAGCCUGACAGUUUGCCCGCGCAGAUACGUGACCGCAUGCAGUCCCUAUCCUUCAUCUUCAACGGAGGCACCUCGUCGUUGGCUCUGCGAGUUCGGGCUCAGCUUAGGAGCCACGGAUUGAACAUUAGCAUCGAGCAGCUUUUCACCUCCCAGAGCCUGAGAGUGAUCGCGUCGACCUUCUCCGCCACCGAAGGCGAAGCUAUCGAAGGUCAGAUGAAAACGCCCAGACCUCCUCUGUCGGUCACGGAGGCUCUGCUUCGGCAGUUGCCCAAGGGUCUCCAGCAAGAUCCUGCGAACUAUGAAUCCGUAUUCCCAACCACCAUGCUACAGCGAGAGAUGUUCGCGAUCAACAUCCUGGAUUCCAGACAAUGGAUCUUUUACCAGUUCAUGGACCUUUCUACAUUCAGCUGCACACUGUCGCAGCUCCAGGAAGCCGUGGGUCAUGUGGUGGCGGCAAAGCCCAACUUACGGACGGUGUGUUUGUCGCUCGAUAUGCCCAGUAAUAUCAAGACGAUCGAGGCUCCCGACGAUGCCUUUGACCUCGUGCGGGGCGGAAGGUUCGUCCUGGCUAUCCUUAAACCCGCCGCGACUCGGUUUGAGCUCGCUCAAGACAAUGAGAUCGAAGAGCCGGAGAUAUAUCGUAGCCAGGACGUCACCCGCAAGUGGACCUUGGGACGCCUCCUGUGGCGCGUCGCCUUUCUUGUCAAGCCCCGUCUGCUCGGCUGGACAUUCCACCACUCCAUCAUGGACGACUCUGUUUCCCAGAAUCUGUCUCGAGACCUGUAUGCCAUUCUGACGGCCAUCGUGCGGCGCGACGAGGGCGACCAAGACGGAUCCCAAGCUGUCACCGUCGAGCGCGUCCGCGCCGCCAAGCCCUCGAUCGAACAAUGGGUGGUGACCCAGUACGGCACUAAUGGACUGGAUGGCUCCCCUCUGUCAUCCCAUGUUCGCCGUGCCACACAAGUCUGGGCAUCCUUCAUGGCCGACGCCACCCCCACCCCGAUCUCCGAACUCGCCCGACUGCCGGACGCAGCGCUGCCCGCGCUGCCCCUCCAGAAAACCGUCUCCGCUUUCGCCUACGGCGAGUGGUGUCGGGAACAUCAUGUCACCCCGGCGGCGCUCUUUCAUGCCGCGACCGCCCUGACCAUCGCGCGGUCGUUGGAUUGGUGGCGUCCCCACCCCCCGCCGCGAGCGGAAGAGGUCACGUACUACCGCGUAAGCUCGAACCGCGGCACCUUGCUGGGCGCCGAGGCCAUGGAGGGGGCCCUUCUUUCCAUCAGUCCCAUGCGAGUGGCCCUGGGGAGGGACUUCAGUGCCCUUGCUGUCGCACAGGGGGCGCUCCGGAACUGGCUGGCUACCCAGGACGCAGAUCCGUACUAUCUCGAUGAAGCGCUCGCCCCUCCAGGCCCGGAGCUCGGGCCGCGACGACAGCGCCGGUGGGGCAAUGUCUUACUGAACCAUAUCAGCCGCGAUCCCCGGGACCACAUUGACGGAGAAAACGAGGCGCCGGCAUUCCGCGGGGUCGUACAGGACCGAGCGGGCUUCGCCAUGGUGUGGCCGUUUGCCGCGAUCGAAUUGACGGUGGUCGAGCCGGACGCGUGGAAGGCGGAUUCGCUUCAGUUGUGUGCGUUGACUGCCCUGGAGCGAGAGACGACGGAAGAGUUGCUGGGUGUGUUUGCGCGGAUUUUGCGGCUGAUUGUUGAGGGCGGGGAAGGGUUGAGUACUGCGGAGAUCGUUCAGCGCGUAUAG